AGUUUCGUACGGAAAGUUUAGGCUGUUGUCUCUACCUCCAGACUUCCGGUUCCGGUCCUCGGAAUAGGGCCGUGGCUACUAUGGAAGAACCCGAGAUGCAGCUCAAGGGGAAGAAAGUUACUGACAAAUUCACCGAGAGUGUCUACGUCCUGGCCAAUGAGCCGUCUGUGGCCCUGUACCGGCUUCAGGAGCACGUGCGCCGCUCUCUGCCUGAGUUGGCCCAGCAUAAGGCUGACAUGCAGCGGUGGGAGGAGCAGAGCCAGGGAGCCAUUUACACCGUGGAGUACGCCUGCAGUGCCGUGAAGAACCUUGUCGAUAGCAGUGUCUACUUCCGCAGCGUGGAGGGUCUCCUCAAACAGGCCAUCAGCAUCCAGGACCACAUGAACGCCACAGCCCAGGGCCACAGCCCCGAGGAACCGCUCCCACCCUCCUCAACCUGAUCCCGGAAGAGACUUGGAGGUGCUCCGGCCCCUCUGACCCAGGCCCAGGGCCCUACACACAUCCCCAUGUUGCAGAAGAGGAAACUGAGGCUCAGAGAGGCAAAGCAGGGUCAUCAUCGUGACUGGAAAUGCCGGGAUUCACACCCAGACCCUCUAACUCCCAGCACUUCACCUCUUCUCUUGGCCCCCCCUAGGAUCUUGCUUCAGAUGCCCCCUCAUCAAGGCUCCCCUGAAGCCCUGGGGGUACAUCUCAGAGCUCACCUUGACCCUCAUCUCUACGCCCCUAGCCUGACCAAAGCUGGACUCUUUGACACAACCUUGUGGGACUUGGCAGGGACCGAAGACCAAGCAAGUGUGGCCAGCGCAUCCCUCCUGCCUCUGGGCCAGCCAUGAACGUUCUGAGACUUUGCUGCCCUUGGAUCCUUCCCUGCCCCUCACUGGCCCUGGAGGUGGCCAUGGCCCCUUGGACCAGUAACUGCUGCCACAACCACACACCUGCUGUGUGUCCAGCUGUGUGCCGGGUACUUCGCAGUGGUCACCUUUCAUCCUCAGACAGCCCUGUAAGGGAGAUGUCACCCCAAAUACAGACGGCGGAAGAGAG